AUGUUUCUUCUUCUCAGUUCAGGUGUAGAAGAUAGAUACAUUGAUCCAAAGACCAUAGUUCACACAUAUCACUUCCAAGACAGCUUACCAGGGUUACCAAUUCCAAAACUAGAAGAUACGUGCAACAGAUAUUUGGAUGCCCAAAAACCACUUUUAACUCCUGAACAAUAUGAAGAGACUAAACGCCUUGUUGAGAAGUUUCAGAAACAUGAAGGUCCAGGUACAGUGUUAUAUUAUUAAUAUUAAUUUUGUACAGCUCCCAAAGAAACACUUUCAUAGUUGUCUAUUUGAAGUGCGUAUGACAGACUGACUGUUUGUAGUAGGGUGUGCCCUUGGAAAAAUAUAAUAAAGCCAUCUAUCAUGGAUCAAUUCUUAUUCAUGGCAUGCAAAAAAAGGAACUCAAAAACAAAAAACAAACAAACAAACAAACAAAACAAAACAAGCUGUGAUUGAAAUGUCUAGUAACUGUACAUGUGAUGCAUAAGCACUCUCUUUGUUUUUAGGCAGGGAAAAAUAAAUUAUUAAAUUAUUUUACAGGUUUAUACUAGUCUGAGAAAUUAGCCAACAUUUUGCAACAUUACCAUUAGUUUCCCAGAGAAAUGAUAUCUGUAGAAUGAGUGUAGAAAGAGAGAGGAGAAAUGUGACAUCAUGUUACCAUGGUAGCAAAAUGGAGUAGGUGAACACAAUACAAAAAGUUUCUUUUUCUUCUUCUUAACUCAGAUACGGUCCUUUCAGAUUUAGCCCAGAAAAUUUCGCCUAAAUUUGACAAAUUAAAUGAAAUUGAAUAAGAUGAAGUUUGAAACAUUGUGAAUUUACUUUUUGAGUGAAUUUUCUGUUUGUUGUCAUCCAAAAAUUUUUCUACCAUGGCAACGUGAGGUAACGACUUCUCCUCUCUAUUACAUACUGAAUUACAUAUCAAUACCCAGAUCUGGGUAGUGCCUCUGAUUGUUUGUGCUGCAUGAGAAAUAAUUGCAUUGACCAAUCAUAAGCACUUUUUAACCCUGAUCUGGAAGUGUGAUGUCAUCAGUGUGGAAUUUCUGCACUGUUUAUCAGGUCAUUUUGCAAGAAAACCAGUGGUGGUACCUUCAAAUGUUGCCUUCUUUCUCAGGCUACGUAUAUAUUUCUCUGCUAAAAGUAUAUGCACUCUGCACGUGUUAUAAUGGAAUGGUAACUGCACUCAAACUUUGAAUAGGUGAUCAAUCCUUCGAUAAUUUCAAUCACGGAUGAUAGAAUUUUGUCAGUCUCAAAUUCACUUUAAGACCGAAAGUUUAUGAGACUGGUUAAACUGAUGUGUUUAGAUGGAUUAUCCUACUGUGGUGUGAUAGUGGCCAUUAGAUCUCCUGAUACAUAACAGGUACAUGCGUAUGACCUUGAUUUUGCAUUUUUCUACACAGGUCUAAAUGCUGAACUUUUACAGAAAAACAAGAGAAACAAACAUACUAGUUACAUAUCAGGUAUUAUACUUGUCAAAAAACCCUUUUUAUCGUGGAGAAUACCAGUGCUGUUCAGUAAUCUAAUCAAUUUUUUUUUACAGGUCCCUGGUAUGACAUGUAUUUAUCAUACAGAGACUCCAUAGUCCUCAACCACAAUCCUUUUAUGAUGUUUAAAGAUGAUCCAGUAGCAGAAAAUAAUGACCAGGUACAGUGUACUGUAACAUGUCUGGACAGUGAAUGGACAGGUUGCUAUGUACAUAUAAAGGGUCUUCUUUUUAGGACUCUUAAGGGGUCAGUAUAUGUCUGAGACCUGCCCCAUUGUUCAAAAGCCAUUAUAAUCACUAAGUUUUAACUUAGAACCAAGUGUCAAAACCUAAUCUAAAUUCUUCUUUCUUAUUAUACUGUGAUUAUCUUUCCUUGGGUUCUUGUAAGAUGCCAAUUGCGGUGUGAAUGUGUUAAUGUACUAGAUUAAUGAGCUCUGUUGCUGUUUAAAGUUUAAGUGACUCUGUGACUUUAUUAUGGGUGACCUGCUUAAUCAAGUCUAAACCUUUUAGCUGUACCUUUAAACUUGUAAUGCACUUUUACUCAUUUAAUGAACAGGAUGUCAAGUAAUGUCACUGAUAUUUAAGAAUAAAUACGGUAAUUAAUUUCCUUGAUUUGUUUUCACUUAGUUACAAAAUUUCGUUUAGUAUCAUUUUUUUUUCUGACAUUUUCAAAAGUUCUGAUGAUUUGUGUAAAAUACACAUAUUUCUAAGCACCUGUGGUGACUGAAUAUUUUCUAAGUGCAAGGGAGUUGCAUUGAAUUUGCAUAUCUAUAUAAUAUCCAUUUUGCUCUUUUUUUGCCAUUUGUUUCUUAUGCAACCAAAGUGAAACUGAAGCUGCAUGUACCUGUCUUUGGUCACUACACACAUUUCACUCUAAAAAAAAAUUAAAUAAAAAUUAAAUAAAAUUUUUCACUCUAUCAUCAUUUGUGUAAUUUUCGUUUUUAUUCUUGUUCUGCCUGUAUUAUAAUGCUAUUAGUUUAACUGUUACAUAAUGAAAUGUAAAAAAGGCAAAACAAAAAAAAUCGGAAAAUUGGUAGCCUGCAGAGCAGGGGUAUUUUGGGUGGGCGAAACCUUGUUUGUGUUCGUAAUAUUGUUGUAGUUGCCAUCUUUGAUUUUAUGACAGUGGAAGAUUGGGGAGAGUAGAAAUAGUAACCCCUACGGUGACUCGCCACAUCUCCUCCUCUCUUCGGGAAGUUUCAACAUGGCGCUUUCGUGAGCAAAUUGCGCGCUCAAAGAAAUCGCCUGCACUGCAGGCUGGAAAAUUGGAGAAACUUAUUGACGGCAUUUCUAUUAAGAUGUACUGGUCUUUUCACAGGUGGUCAGAGCCACUAACAUAAUAACAUCUGCCAUGAGAUUCAAGUUCUCACUUGAUGAAACACUCCUUGAACCAGAUGUAUUUCAUUUAAAACCACAAACAAGUGACACGCAAUGGUUUAAAAAUGUUAUCAGGUAGGUACAAGUACAUAGUAACAAUUAGAUAGAUAGAUAGUUAGAUAGUUUAUUAACAAUAAAUACAUAGGCAGCCAGAGGCUGAACUGCGUAUUUACUGUAAAUACAUGGGCAGAGUAUAAAAGAAAACAGGCGCCGCAUAAAAUAGGAUUGAUCUUAUACAUGUGGCAUAAAAGAUGACUAAGUCCCCACAUGGAAGCUUUGCCCAUUUAAGCUGAACUAGGAAAUACAAACGUUUAGACGCCUUCUUUACAGUUUUGUUAAUGUGCUCAUUCCAUGAUAAAUCGCGUGUAAUUAUCACACCCAGCAGCUUUGCGCUUCUAACUGCUUCAAGUUGGUUACCAUUUACAAGAAUAGGAUGGAACUCAGACAGCUCUUUAGUGAAGGAGAUUCUAAGUUCUUUACACUUUUCGCUAUUCAGUUGAACCCUAUUAUCUAUAGCCUGUUCCAGGCUCCGAGAUGGUGGUGGAAAGUCGUUCAGUAAUAAGAAAUGCCAAACACGCGCCACCGCCCCCUUUCCCAAGUCUUGCGCGUCUUAUUUUCGCUUUGCUCGUUUUAAUACGUUCCAACUAUACUAUCUGAGAACCUAACACAGGCUAUAUUAUCUGUCAAGAAAUCGAGCCUAUGAACAAUGAACACUGAACUGAAACUAAUAGAACAAUAGAAAUAGCGGAAAUAGCCUAGGAAAAUGAACACUUGAAACCGCACAGAGAUUUGUUGUUUUGACUAAUUUAGAAUUUAGAUGUUAUCUGAUCUACGUGACCGGGCGUAGUGUUACAUAGCAGAACUUUGAUUGUAGUCUUGAGUACGGAUAGCGUUUAUUGAGAGAAACGACUAGUUUUUGAGCUUUACCGCCUUUAGAACAUCAAGCCUUGUUACACAGAAGGAUUCAGCCAAUAAAAUUCUUUACAUGGUCCUUCGAGCCGGAUUUGAACGAGCUCAUAGGAAAAUGGCCUCAAAAAGCAAACAGAAGCGUCAAGGGCAUCGCUUGUACGCCACAAAGCUGAUGGGAGACGCAGAGCAAAUAAUCAAGGAUUUCGAUUCUUCAAAGGAAAACAAGUUGAAACAAAUCAAAAUUUCGCUUCGUGAUCGUAUGGAAAUCUUACGCAACUUGGACGAAGCAAUUUUGGGCGCCUUAGAAAAGGAUGAAGAAAUCGAAGAAGAAAUCGCCGACGCAGGAAGGUUUAGCGAGAGAAUAUUGGAGCUUAUCGUGGAGAUCGAAAGCGUGCUGUCGCUCCAUGGAAGUAAGAGCCAGAGCGGGAAUGGAUCACCGACCCAAGUUUCAAAAGCGGAAAGCGCUGGCAGCGCGAACAAACACGCGAAACUGCCCCGAAUAAGUUUAAAGAGUUUCUCCGGGGAGCCAAGCCAGUGGUUGACAUUUUGGGAUAGUUUUAGGAGCGCUGUUCACGAAAAUACCGAAGUGCACGACAUCGACAAGUUCAACUACUUGAAAAGCCUCUUGAACGGAUCUGCAGCCGCGACAAUCGCCGGUCUACCUCUAACGGACGCCAACUAUAAUGCAGCGAUCGAGCUCCUAAAGAAUCGAUUCGGAAAUAAACAAGUAAUCAUAAGCAGUCACAUGGAUGGCCUUCUCAAACUGACGCCCUUAGGAAACACAUCGGACGUUCGGAAAUUACGGCAAACCUACGAUGAAAUUGAAGCGCACGUAAGAGGCCUACAAGCGUUAGAAGUGCCUACAGAAUCUUAUGGAAGUUUUCUCGUACCGGUGCUUAUGACGAAAAUUCCCGAAGAUAUUCGCCUGUUAGUGGGCCGUGAAAUGAAAGACGGAGAAUGGAACCUCACUGAAAUCUUACGACUUCUGCGCAGUGUAGUAGAGAACAGAGAAAGAUGUGGAGGAGUGCAGGCCCUGGCUCGAAAGGAAAAUUUAUACAGUCCAGAAGAUCGAAGGAACGCAAAAUCGCCAAAAUCAGGACCGACAAGCGCGUCAGCAUUGUUUUCCGGAAACCAGCCUUCAAAUACAACACAUUGCACAUUUUGCAAGCAACCGCACCCAACAGCAAGUUGCCACGUGGUGACAAACAAAACAGCGAGGAGAGAAUGCCUAAAAAGCAGGGUCGUUGUUUUAUUUGCCUUAAAAGAAGCCAUCUUGAGAGAUUGCCCAUCAAAUAUGGCUUGUUUAAAGUGUUCUGGGAGACAUCACGUUAGUCUGUGUGAAAUGGCAAUGAAACCACAACAACGACAGCAGGAAUCCAUGGUUAGCCAAAACAACGGAAAUACCACCAAUACAUGGCCUUAUCGGCAACCGUCGCAAGCCUCACAAACAAGAACCUUUUACGUGGGAUCGCACGAUUCAAUUUUGCUACAAACCGCACAGGCCUUCAUCGGAAACGGAAACACCUCGACUGGAAUAAGAGCGAGAGUAAUUUUUGACUCAGGAAGCCAGAAAAGUUACAUUACUCAACGCGCACGUGACCAACUAAACUCGCCAACAAUCAGUAAAGAAUCGCUCUUGAUAAAAACAUUCGGAUCUGGCGUCACCGGGCAACCAACGGAAUGUGAGAAGGUUAAAGUUGCCGUGAGAAAUGUGAACAUGUGGUCAUCGCGAGAAAUUGAAGCCUUUGUUGUACCGACCAUUUGCACACCAAUCGGAAGUCAAGAGAUUGACACUGCCAAGGAACAGUUUUCUUAUCUCACAGAAAUUGAAUUAGCCGACGGUGACCAUGGAAACGAAAAUCUAGAAAUUGACAUGCUAAUCGGCGCUGAUUUCAUGUGGUUAUUUUUCACUGGAGAGACGAGACGAGGAGAGAACGGCGAAGGACCUGUGGCGAGCUGUACAACCCUGGGAUGGGUACUAUCGGGCCCAGUCCCCAGCGAGAAGAAAAGCGCGCAACUUUCAAGCGUCAAUUUUGUCUCCACACACGUGCUAAAAGUUGCCUGCGAACCGAAAAAAGAAUGCCACACGGAAGAGCUUCUUCAGCGACUAUGGGACCUGGAUUCAAUCGGGAUUAGAGAGAAAGAAACUGUCCAUGAGGCAUUUCUAGAGAACAUUUCAUUCGCAAACGACCGAUAUUCUGUGAAGCUUCCCUUGAAAGAAAAACCGAGACCUACUGCCUGACAACUACGAUCUAAGCCUUGCAAGACUGAACUCCCUCGUGCGACGUCUAAGAAAAGAGCCUUCUAUCAUGAAAGAGUACGACCAGAUCUUCCAAGAUCAACUGCACCAUGGAAUCAUUGAACGUGUGGAUGAAACCGAAGAACAGUUACCAGGUCAGACGCACUAUUUGCCCCAUCAGGCCGUUAUCAGAAGCGACGCCUUAACGACUAAAUUGAGAGUGGUGUUUGACGCAAGUGCCAAAGUGAAACCAAGCUGUCCUUCCCUGAACGAUUGCACUCACACUGGUCCACCGCUGACCCCUGGUAUUGCAGACAUCUUGAUGCGUUUCAGAGCCCAUAAAGUUGGAUUAGUCGCCGACAUUGAGAAAGCCUUUCUGAAUAUCGCAGUGGAUGAGCAGCAAAGAGACCUGAUGCGAUUUCUGUGGAUUGACGACGUUACAAAGGACGAUCCAAAUGUUGAGAUCUAUCGCUUCUGCCGAGUUAUCUUCGGUAUGAACUGUUCUCCGUUCCUGCUCAACGCGACACUACGGCACCAUGUUACCGAGUACUAUGCACAUGACUCAGCCUUAGCAGAGUACACUCUAGCAGGCCUGUACGUGGAUGAUUUGACAUCUGGCGGCGAAGAUGAUGAAGAAGCGUAUUCCAUUUACAAGGAGACUAAUUCUUGCUUCGCAGCUGGGCGUUUCAACUUACGCAAAUGGGCGUCGAACAGAAGAGGAGUCAUUGAGAAGAUUUCAAGUGACAGAAUGAAACGAGAACGUCUUGGGAAACAAGAAUCCGCAUCAGACGAAGAACAAUCUUACGCAAAGAUCACCGUUGGCGGCCUAGAAGAAAUCGACCCCACAAAGGAACAUAAGGUCCUCGGAACAAAUUGGAACCUGGAGGAAGACACCAUUGUUAUGAAGCUGAAUAAGAUCGUCGAAUUCGCCAGAAACCUGGAACCUACAAAGAGAAACGUUCUCCGAAUUGCAGCCAAACUGUUUGAUCCUCUAGGACUGAUAUCACCAGUGAUGGUGGUGUUAAGAAUGCUGCUGCAAGAACUUUGUCUAAGUAAGUGUGAAUGGGACAGCCUCACCCCUCAACCUGGAAGAAACCGCCUACAAAAGUGGCUGACUGACCUGGAAAAAGUUGGCGAAAUGACUGUGAAUCGUUAUUACUUCCCAGAAGAAGAAAGAAGAAUUAAGUUUGCAACUCUACACGGAUUCGGAGAUGCUUCAAAGGGAGCGUAUUGUGCAGUAGUCUACCUGUGCAUUGAAACCGAAGAUGGCUACAAAACAAGCCUCGUAGCAGCCAAGAGCAGAGUUACGCCAUCUUCGCCUAUGAGUAUUCCCAGACUCGAGCUGCUUGCCGCACUAAUCCUGGCCCGUUUGAUCUCUACCGUACAAGAAGCCUUAGCCCAGGUAUUGAACACCAAAGAAGUCUUUUGUUGGACCGACAGUAUUACAGUGUUCUACUGGAUACAGUCCAACAAAGAAUACAAGCAGUUUGUGCAGAACCGCAUAGACGAGAUCCACAAGUUGACCGAUGCGAAGAGCUGGCGUCAUUGUCCUGGAGUUGAAAAUCCUGCUGACGUUGGCUCCAGAGGGUGUCUCGCAUCUGAGCUCGUGGAUAACCGCCUGUGGUGGAGGGCCCCGCCUGGUUAAAGGGCCCACCGAAGAACUACCCGGCCUCUGAAGUCUCAAAAGAAGAAGAUCUGACAGAAGAAUGCAGGACGGAAUUUAAAGCAAAGGAACAAAAACCUUCGAAUGUGACUACCAUGGUUAACCUGACCACAGAGCCUAGCAAUCCUGUAAAGCUGGCUGAAAUCAUCGACUGCGAACGUUUCAGCGAUGCCACUAAACUAUUCAGAGUAACAGCUCUCAGCCUGAAGUUCAUCAGAAAUCUGAAGUCAGCAAAGACCGAGAGAAGAGAAGCACAAAGUAAACAGACCACCCUUACAGCUGAAGAAAUCAGUGAAGCGAAAGUACUUUGGAUCCGUGAAGUUCAAAAGCCCUUUGAAAGAGAGAGGAACUUGAGAACCUUAAACAGCAGCUUGGGCUGUUCAGACAUGAAGAUACCAUUCUGAAGUGCAAAGGCAGACUUGGAAACGCCCCGUUGAGUGUCGAAACCCGUUACCCCUCACUAUUACCGAGGCGGCAUCACGUGACAAGACUGAUUGUGGAAGCCUGCCACCGGAAGACCAAUCACGGAGGAGUGAAGGAAACUUUAGUCGAAGUAAGGACAAACUUCUGGAUUCCAAAGGGGAGACAGUACGUAAAGAGGAUCCUGCAUCAAUGCGUUAUUUGUAAGAAAAGAGAGGGAGUGCCGUACAGACCACCACCGACCGCUGAUCUACCUGAAUCAAGAGUCUCCGGAAGCCCGGCCUUCACCCAUGUGGGAGUGGAUUUCGCCGGCCCUGUGUACGUGAAAAGCACCAGCGGCAUUACUAAACAGAUGAAGAAAGCGUACAUCUGCCUAUUCACCUGUGCAACCUCGAGAGCCUUACACCUAGAACUGACACCAGACCUCUCAACGGAAGCGUUCGUCAGAUGCUUGCGGAGGUUCAUAGCCAGACGUGGGAGACCAGCCUCCAUAACAAGCGACAACGCGAAGACCUUCAAGCGAGCCAACAAGGAGCUAGGACAACUACUUCAGAACAAGAGAACGCAAGAUUUUGCCGCCAACCAAGGGAUCACUUGGAAGUUUAUUCUAGAAAAAGCGCCAUGGUGGGAGGCUACUAUGAGCGUAUGGUACAACUAGUAAAAAAGAAGCCUUCGCAAAGUUCUCGGAAAGGCGCAGCUGUCCUUUGAAGAGCUACUUACAGUCUUAACAGAAGUGGAGGGAGUACUAAACUCACGUCCCCUCACAUAUGUCUACUCAGACAUCACAGAUCAAGAACCCCUUACACCAUCGCACCUGGUCAUUGGAAGACGACUUGCCACACUACCAAACCCCGCCGAGCUAAGCGAUAAUGAAGAAACCGCCUCCAGCCUUGAAAGGAGAGCGCGUUACCUCAGCAGACUACUAGAACACUUCUGGAAACGAUGGUCUAACGAGUACCUUGUUGGACUGAGAGAAUUUCAUUAUUGCGGAACCAGAGGAAAUCAGAACAAAGAAGUCAAGGUUGGAGACGUCGUUCUGAUCCACGACGACAGUCUAGCGAGGUGCAAGUGGAGAUUAGGAGAAAUCACCGAGCUGAUCGAGAGCAAAGAUGGACACAAACGAGGUGCUGUGUUGCGAGCCAUCAGCAAGAAGGGAAAGCCCUCAACGCUGCGGAGAGCAGUGCAGAAACUUGUCCCACUGGAAGUGAACACCGGAAACCUGCCUCAAAACGAACACGUCGGAACCGAGGAAGCUGGAAUUGUCCAGCAGCCUGACCAUCCAGCUGAACUUGUGAGACCACCGAGACGAGCAGCAGCAGCUACUGCAGACAAGAUCAGGAGACUUCUUGACCAACAGUGAGCAGUUGGUCAAGGGGGGAGUGUCAAGAAAUCGAGCCUAUGAACAAUGAACACUGAACUGAAACUAAUAGAACAAUAGAAAUAGCGGAAAUAGCCUAGGAAAAUGAACACUUGAAACCGCACAGAGAUUUGUUGUUUUGACUAAUUUAGAAUUUAGAUGUUAUCUGAUCUACGUGACCGGGCGUAGUGUUACAUAGCAGAACUUUGAUUGUAGUCUUGAGUACGGAUAGCGUUUAUUGAGAGAAACGACUAGUUUUUGAGCUUUACCGCCUUUAGAACAUCAAGCCUUGUUACACAGAAGGAUUCAGCCAAUAAAAUUCUUUACAUUAUCUAAGGACCACUGGGAUGCACGGUCUGCUACAUGUUGUACAUUACACUGUAAAGGGAUGAAAAAGGUGACGUUUCAAGUGCAUUUUUGUAGAGUUAGGAUAAAUUUCAGCUUUUCAAUUUGAAUCCAUUUACGGUGGUUAACACCUGAGGGGUGAGAUGAAAUCGCUUGCCCUUUGGCAAAGCUGCUGCUAAAGCCUGCUAGCCCAGAGAAGUUGUGCAGUCUUACCAAUCCACUUUUUCUCGUUCAUGUAUUUUAUAUCGGCAAAUGUUACUUGACUUUCGGACAAUGAUUUGUAAUUUAACUAUGCUAGCACCGUGGGCCUCAAGCAAUGAGACAGCACUUUUGUCAUGCCCUGACCUACAACCCUGGUCAAAAUAACUUGGAACACUUCCACUUUUGGGGCAUGCACAGUACAGUCCCCUCGCCCCCGUGCAGUGGUGUUCAAAAGCGCAGUUUGGGAAAGCUUGAGCGAUUUUCAACUUUGUGAAUGGGAAGCGGGGGAAAUCGACUAAGUGUUGCAACUAUUCUGUCCGGGGUUGUAGGUUGCAAAUGGUACAACCAACCCAAACCCAGGUCAGGAGAAAACUCAUGCCCAGCCAUGAGCCCCGCCCACCAAAGCCAGCCUCAACCCUAUUACCCGGCUCCUCACGCUGGGAUUAGAGGUUCGGUAGGGGUUCAGUAACUCGGUAAAAAGUAAAAACUAAACUACGGUGUGGAAGGGAACGAGUUAGGGGUAGAAAAACUCUCAAAAGGCAGUUAAAAAAACAAAAACAAAUGUUUUUUACAGGGUCACCCAGAACAAUGAUUGUUUGGAUAUCGGUCUUGUUGGUUGAUAAGACAUUUUUUUUCGCAGAAUUUGCUAAAAGUUUAGUUCCCAGCUAAGGGAAACAUUUUUGUUCUUGACACGUCGAAGUAACAAUAGCAAUAUUUCAAUUUCAGUUGAUGCUUUGUUCAUGACACUAAUAACCAGUUUAUGGCACAUGCAGGUUUGUUCCCCGGAAGCUUUCCUGGUAUGGCGCGUUUUUAGUGAAGGCUUUUCCUUUAGAUAUGAGUCAAUACGCCAGGUUGUUUUGUUCAACCCGCAUACCUGAGGUGAAAAAAGACAGGCUAUCCACGUUUGAGAAUGCUCGACACAUGGUGGUCAUGAGGAAAGGAAACUUUUAUGUUUUCGAUACCAUUACAACUGAUGGUAAGAAUCUAAACAGUUUUUUGUGUUGAAUUAAUUAAUAUUUACAUGGAGUUUUAACAUCGUGUGCUUUUUCAUUGGUAAAGUCAUCUCACACCUGAUGGACACCUCGAUCUCUAAGAGGGACACCUCUCUAUCCAGAGUUGGGCCCUGCAGUUCUGCAGUGAGUGUUUUUGUUGGACUCCUUAUAGCGCAGACACAUCGCUAACUUACUGCCUGUCCCAGCUAGAGCGAGUUUUCUGUUUACCUUAUACGGGUAGACACAAAAAGUGUCAUGUGAACAGGUAAUCGGAUGAUCGAUCUUAGCGGUAUUAAUUUACCCUACCUACGCGUCCCUAUGCGUACCCCUAAGAAAAACUCCUGUUCCGCCGUUGCACGCAAUUGUCGGAUUUACUCGAAAACGAGUCACUUGCCCGCAGUAGCAACUUGAGGCAAUUUUACGCUGUUUUGUACCGCAUCUUUCCACACGAUGACGGAUCGAUUUACCAACGACCAAAAAUGUAUCUGGCUUAGCGGAACAUGGCUUUAAUAGUGGGUUACAAUGGAUGGAAGAAGGAUCUACUUUUGUCACAGGCGAACCAUUUAACGGUUAUUAUGAACAGUAGCCUCAUAAACAUUUCACAUUGCAACGGACCAGUCCUGCAUAACUUCUUUGUAUGCAUAUUAUCAAAGCGCAUCUACAACCACCCUAUACCUUUACUGAUUUAAGUGAUUCGUUUUGAGAACUGAUCCUAUUACUUUGUAAUAAGGCUAAAAAUUCGCCGUCCUUAUUAAAUCAUGAGUAAAAGGCGACAAAGCAACAUUCGAGCCCUAGUAGUAUGUAGGAUGUUUGCUAAAUCAACUACCUAGUUCAAAUGAGGCCUUAGCUCGCACAAGUCUGCUAUGGCUAAGUGGUAGCAACCACUCUUGUUGGUAGAACUCAUUUUUUUCCUCGUUCCCCUGCGUCAUUAACUGAAGAAACAUCAUUUCCUUACUGUUUUGUAUCCGUUUUAGGUGAUAUAGUGCCAACCGCUACCAUUUACCAGAAUUUGAAGCAUAUUGUAGAAGACCCCUCCCCUCCCCCUAAGUUCCCAGUUGCGGCUCUGACUACUGAGAACCGUGACACGUGGGCAAACAUUCGACGUGCCCUGCAGGCGGAGCCUGGUAACGAGGAAGCGCUGCGUUUGAUUGACAGUGCUAUUUUUGUACUGUGUUUGGAUGAUCAUGGAGUGGAAAGUGUUGCAGAUGUAGCAAGAACAUUUCUUCACGGCGAUGGAACAAACAGGUUAGAUAUGUCAUGAGUCGCAGAAAUUGUCAGCAUUGAAACUACAAUCAUUAUCUUGGACAAAAUUAAAUGAACAAGCACCCCCCCGCCCCUCCCCAAAGAAAUCAAGCAUGAGACCGCGCGAAGGUAAACUGCGCUAUUUUCACAUCAAUGAUCUGGGGAAGAGGCAGAUCUUAUAGUUUUCCGUCCUUGUUGUCGAAGACGGAAUAGGCACCGAAUACAAUUAUUGGAACGGUAAGGCCAGAAGAAAAUAACUCAUCAUUCAUAACUCAUUUAUCGCUGAAUGAAUUAUACGAACUGUCAGCCUUCUUCUCUAUAGCUAAUCUCUUGAACUUCUUUUUUUUAACAAUACAACACAGCGUCUUAUUCCAUUCGUUUUGACACAUUUCUCCAUUUGGAAUAGAUUUUUGAAACUGUCCGUUUUAUUAGUCGGAUGAUUAUUUUGUUUCAGACUUGUUUACAGUAUGCUUUUCCCCCCGAUUUUCCUUCUUCUUUUCUUUUUACAGAUGGUUCGAUAAAUCUUUCCAGCUGGUGGUUUGUAAGGACGGCAAGGCAGCUGUAAAUUUUGAGCAUGCGUGGGGAGACGGAGUUGCUGUGUUACGAUUCUUUAAUGAGGUAAAAAGUAAUUUUGAAAAUUUCAGUUACAGUGAAACCUGUACAUUUUAAGCGGGUCACCGUACUGAAGGUACUCAUUCGUCAGAAAGUCCCGCACUAUUUUUCUCAUAUUUUCUAUAAACAGACUUGUACUAUGUGAACAUUUGUCAGUAAGGAGGGCUCCUGUUUGUUCACUACGUACAGGUUGCACUCAUCUGUAUAAAACAGUGCUUUAAUUUAGCAGAAAGGGUAGAGGGGCUGAGGAACACUGAUAUUGAACCAUCACUGAUCAGGAAGUAGAAAAGGUAGCUAUUUUGCAAGCGUGAUCAAAAAGUUGACAUUUGUACUCCAGAUAAUGACCAGAGCUGAUUUUAAAACCGAAUCUUUAGAUCACAGGUCCGCCGGCUAAAUCUGUCGGAAACAGUGCCGUUACUUUCCCUCCCACUCCAUUUCCUGGCUCCCUCCCUCACGGCCUCUCUUCCUUCCGGCUACUAUACCUCUCUCCCUCCUCCCUUCCCAUCCAUGGGCAAUGACUUUCAGGGGGAAACUGAAACCAAAGUUGAUUGUUUCAGAUCAUGGAGUGAUCACGAAACAGCAAUUCGAAAAUUGAUCAUUUCGUCCAAGGACUGUGGGAAUUGAGCUUAUAGUCAACCAACAUGAAUGCCAUUUUAAAAUGUCUCGCCACUUAUGCUAUUGAAAAUACGGCUCGGAAAAUUUUAUUUCAGCCCAGGAAAUUUGAGGUCAAGAGUCGGCUCUGUCAGUAAGUUGGUCGAAUAGAAAACUGUAAAACGAGAAGGGGUUACAUUGACUGUCACACAGAUACACUUACCAGUUAUUAUUACGGAUCUCUUUUAUUGUAGGUUUACAAAGAUACAACCACACGUCCCUCCUGUACAACGGCCAGUGCAAAGAACUUGAGCGCGGACGUGACGGUCAGAAAACUCGAAUUUAGCUUUACACCUGAAACAGAAAGAGGGAUUUCUGCUGCCAAGGAGAAAUUUGAUAAUACAAUCAAGGGACUGGACAUUGCUGAAAUGCAAGUUUUCACUUACGGUAAAGAUUACAUUAAAAGAAAAAAGCUCAGUCCAGAUGCUAUCAUGCAGCUUGCUUUUCAGGUGAGAAACACUGAGUAAGCCUUGUAACCUAAAGAGGUUCUUACUUCCCGGGCAAUAGACAGUGGAAGCAAAGACUCGGAACGAAAUUGGCUAAAAUUCAAAAUUUUGCCUCGUGAGUAUCAAGAAAGCAACAUAGUAAUUUUAGGACAGAAAUUCCGUUCAAUUUUUGGAUGAAAUUUUCCUGCAGGUUACCUAAGUUCUGGUCAGGAAAGGGUAGCUGGGCUUAAAUGCGCUUUUAAAUGGCAGUUUCUUCCUUCUAAGGUUACAUUCUAUUGAUCGUAUUCCUGUAUAAGAAUACGCAGGAAUUUGAUACAAAACUCCGCUGCCGUAAAUUUUGGACCGAUGGAGUGAACUAUUAAAGAUGUUAACGUGAAUGUAGCAACCAUAUUUGUAGCUGUUACGACGCAAUGAAUCCUAAAACAAGGUAUUUCUAGAACUGACUCCAUUUGUUCUUAGUCCGGAAUAUUGUCAAUCGAACACGGUUCAGCAACAGGUUCGGUUUAAAACGUCUUGUAAAUCUUAAUAUGAUGGCAUCAUCUCAGUUUUGAAGUGUGUUCUCUUGAAACCUGACAUUAACUUGUUGAAGGUGUCUUCCCUUCGUACCAUUUAUUUGAACGAACCAUCCAGAUUUCUUUAUUACAAGCAGAAAUGCUGAAAUUGGUAAGUUAGACCCCUGAUAAACAAAUCAUGACUGCCUUAAGGUAUCGACCUUGAGAUACUAAGUACCAGUAUCGCCAUUGCUUAAAGAGUGUGGUUUCGACUGAAGACGCGCCUGGUGAAUUUUUUUUAACAUGCCCUUUACACGCCGUCGUCAUCUUCGUGUCCUGAUCGUCGUCAUCAUCAUCAUCAUAGUCGUUGUCAUCAUACUCAUCCUCAUCUUCAUUUUUGGAAACAAAUAGCCAUUUUUUUUUUUGCCAUAUGCGCAAACAGAUAUAGCUAAUAGAGGAGGUUUGGAAAAUAGAACACCUUGUGACGUACGUACUUCUAAAUCAUGUUCGAAUGACUGGACCUGUAGUAUGGCUUGCCAGAAUCACUGUCCGAUUUUAACUUUUCAUUCCGUAGAUGGCGAUCUUUCGCCACAGCGGCAAGUUUGUUCCCACUUACGAGUCUUGCAGCACUGCGGCGUUCAAACACGGGCGCACAGAGACGAUCAGGCCAGCGAGUAACGCUACUGUAGCAUGCGCAGAGGCUUUCGAAAAGUCGCACCGCGCAGGUGUAGAAGAAAUGACGGACAGGAUCCGCCGAGCCGCGGACUGGCAUUCUAAAUUAACGAAAGAAGCAGCCAUGGGUAAGUCUAUCAAGUAACUAUUCGGUGUUUAACUACAGGAAAUAAGUCAUCCACAAAGUUUAAACCGUUCAACUAUCAGUAAUAUAGGAAGGUGCUGGUUGCCUGAUUCGCUUUGCACGCUAACUGCAUAUCAUGUGGUAUUGAUCCUUUGUCUUGUUGGAAAUAUGAAGGGUGCAUAUGUGCGAGAAUACUCCCUUGACUGUCGCCAUAUGAUCCACUUUAAGGCCACAAAACCACGAAGGGAGUAGAAAAUGUAACACAGCUCCUCAGCCAUAGCAGGCGGCAAUAGCUUCGUUUUAAUGGUCAGUAAUUAGAACCACUCUGCAAGGCGUAACAAUUAACGCCCUGGAAAAAUGCCGUUCAAUCUGUCUUCCUUUGUAUAGUCUCACCAAUAAACGUGAAAAACGAAAGGAAUAAAAAAAGUGAAAUGAACUGAAUGAAAAAAUGAAUCCCCCCCCCCCCAAAAAAAACCGUUUAGAAUAGACCGUUUCCGCAUUCCUGUGAUAACCCAAGCUUCGACUUCAUUUCAUUGUGGGUGCUCACGUUAAGGAAAGGGGAAGACAAAAGCGUCAUUUUGUUUCUGUCUUUUGUUGAGCAACGUUUUUAUUUGUAUCUCCGCCUUUUUGCAGGCCAAGGCUUCGAUCGUCAUCUCUUUUCCCUGCGCAUUCUGGCUGAGUCCACUGGAAAAGUGCCUGAAAUCUUCCAAGAUCCAGCCUACAAACAGAUUAAUCACAACAUCCUAUCCACCAGCACUCUCUCCUCCCCAGCUUUAAUGCUUGGUGGGUUCGGUCCCGUGGUUCGGGACGGGUUUGGAGUUGGUUACGGGAUCCAAGACGAUUGGUUGGGGUGUAACGUGACUAGUUACCCUCCUAAUACAGACGUGCGCGGGUAUUUAGAAUGCGUACGGCGUAGUUUAGAAGAUAUUUAUAGCGUUCUUGAAGGCAAAAACUUUAAGCAAUGAAUUUGAGACGAUUCCCUACAUUAGCUUGUUGUUUCGUGGGUAUGGAACAGGAGCCAAACAAUCAUUUCCUUUCCACGUUCGUAUCUUUCAAUUGUUACUCUUCCUGUUUCAGUCGCUGGAUGACUGUGCGAAAAUUCAAUUGUAGCUGCACGGGUUGUCCUUGCGCCCUCGUACUCUUGUUAAGCUCGCGCAUUUGAAUUUCCAGAAGGACUUUCUGGAGUACGGUUUUGUCUCCUAGUACCUUGGAAUGUUCAAAACUGUUGUUAAUGCCAACGAGCCUCAUGUUUAAUAAAAGAGCAGGAUACUGUUUCUUAGCCAAAUUUGUCUCUGAACUUUUUCCGCC